CUGAAAGGAACUAAAAUGAUGAAAUUGUAUGUAGAUGAAUCGCCAGACAAGUUCAAAGGAUUGUGUUUAUUUUUUGUGCGUGCUAGGAAUGACGUGGCUGUGAAUGUUAAGAAUAUGCAUGAGGACAUUUACUUUUCAGUAAUGGACGGAAGUGAAGGUCUCCUGCUUGGGAUCAAGAAUGUCAUUUUAAAUGUUUUUCUGCCAGCUGUUCUUGCCACAAAUAACUGGGGUGCUUUGAACCAAACCAAGCAGGGAGAGUCUGAAAAACUGAGUUUUACUGAAACUCUGAAUAGAUAUUUGGCAUUUUUGGAUGGUGCCAGAGUGAGCAUUGAAGGGACUGUUCAGUUGAAAAAAAUAGAUUACAUUGACUUUGCUAAAUUCCAGUCUUUUGAGGAAGUGACAGCAGCGGCUGCCAAUCCUGAUACUGUUCAUCAGCUAGAGGAUGUGCUCAUGAUAUGGUAUAAGCAAAUUGAACAAGUUUUGAUUGAGAGUGAACAGAUGAGGAAAGAAGCUGAUGACUCGGGUCCUCUGACUGAACUAGAACAUUGGAAGCGUAUGUCUGCGAAGUUUAAUUUUAUCAUUGAACAGAUCAAAGGACAAAAUUGCAAGGCUGUCAUAAAUGUUCUAAGUGUUUCACGUUCCAAAAUGAUAAAGCUGUGGCGAGAACUGGAUGCCAGAAUAACAGAUACAGCAAAUGAAUCAAAAGAUAAUGUGAGAUACUUAUACACUCUUGAAAAAGUGUGCCAGCCCCUCUAUAACUAUGAUUUAGUUUCCAUGGCCCAUGGAAUACAAAACCUGAUCAAUGCUAUACGAAUGAUUCACAGUGUUUCAAGAUAUUAUAAUACUUCUGAGAGAAUGACAUCACUGUUCAUAAAAGUUACAAAUCAAAUGGUAACAGCAUGCAAGGCAUAUAUUACCGAUGGAGGUUUCAGUCGCGUGUGGGAACAGGAUACGCCAACAGUAAUUAAGAAAAUUAAGGACUGCAUUUUUCUGUUUAAAGAAUAUCAGAAAAGUUUUCACAAAACAAGAAAACAAAUUUUGGAGACUUUAGGGGAGAAGACAUUUGAAGUAUCUGAAAUGUAUAUUUUUGGCAAAUUUGAAGCUUUCUGUAAAAGGCUAGAAAAAAUUACAGAGAUGAUAACCAUAGUUCAGACUUUUUCUGCGCUGAGUAUGUCUACCGUAGAAGGGAUUGAUAUAAUGGCAAUUAAGUUCAAAAACAUUUACCAAAGUGUCCAAAAGAAAAAAUACGACAUUCUUGACCCACGGAAAACAGAAUUUGAUGUAGAUUUUGCAGAUUUCAUGACAAAAAUUGAAAAUUUAGAGGUUCAAAUACAGACUUUUAUGGGAACAUGUUUUGGAAAGAUCUUGUCUUCACAACUUGCUCUCCAGCUGCUUCAAAGGUUUCAGAAGCUGAACAUGCCAUGUCUUCAGCAUGAAAUAGCACACACGAUUGCUCGCAUUCUUCAGCAUUAUGUUGCAGAACUUGAAGCUACUAAAAAGCUUUAUCAGGCUCAGAAAGAUGAUCCUCCCCUGGCUCGAAACAUGCCCCCAGUCGCAGGAAAGAUCUUGUGGGUGCGGCAGCUAUUCAGGCGUAUAAGUGAACCAAUCAACUAUUUUUAUAAAAAUUCAGAUAUCUUGGCAAGUGCAGAGGGUAAAGCAGUGGUUCGAUUAUACAAUAAAAUUUCCUAUGUAUUGGUGGAAUUUGAAGUACUCUAUCACACAGCUUGGAUGAAGGAAAUUUCACAACUACAAUAUGCAUUGCAAAUAACACUCUUGGUACGACAUCCUGAAACUGGAAAACUAUUGGUUAAUUUUGAUCCCAAAAUUUUAGAGAUUGUUCGAGAGACUAAAUGUAUGAUAAAGAUGGGACUAGAGGUACCAGAACAGGCAAAGAGGAUAGUUAAAAUUGAAGGUCAGAUUAAGACAGACAAAUUAUGCUUGGAGAAUAUUCUACACUGCUAUGAAAAUUUGUGUCAAGAAGUGCCAACGGUGUUUGUUAAUUUGAUGGCACCGAAAAUGAAAAAGGUGGAAUCUGUACUGAGGCAAGGGCUUUCAAUUUUAACCUGGUCAUCUUUGACUUUAGAUAGCUUCUUCCAAGAAGUGGAUGAAGUUAUGAAAAUGUUUAAUCAACUUUUGAAAAAGAUUAAUGAUUUAUCUGAAAUGCAGAUUGAUUUAACAAUGAAGGAUAUAGCAAAUACACUUUUGCUUGUACUACCAGAUAAUGCAAUGAAAGUGGAGGAUUUACUGGCACGCAAUGAGGUACAUACCAGGGAAUGGGCUGAAAUAUUAAACAACAAAAGCAGACAUGUAGAAGAUGCUGUACAGGAACUGAUUUCUCUAUUUGAGCAAAUUUAUGAAGUUAAGCGUGUUAAAAGGCCACCACUAAGAAGAUAUCCAACACAAGAAGGGAAACAUGUAGUAUUUGGAAGUGCAGCCGAAGAGAAGGUCACUCCUGCAUCUUCAGUUAUACUGAGCAGUGAUGAAGCUGAGGACAGUGAGAAGGAAGAUGAGUUUAAGAAGGAAUGCAAAGAGGUGGUUGCAUAUUUUAGUCAUCAAUUGUUGGACAGCCUCCAGAAAGCUACUCGGUUAUCCUUGGAUGCUCUUAAAAAAAGGGUUUUUGUUUCAAGCUCAUUUGGUCGACCAUCUUAUCUUCCUCAGACAGCUACCAAACCUGAAGACAUCAUUUCAUUUCUAAAAGCGGAAGUGCAUUUAGCUAUUCCACAUGUGAUAAUGGUGCCUAGUUUAGAUGAUAUACAGCAAGCCAUCAAUCGUCUGAUUCAGUUGACGCUGGAUGUAAGCCGUGGUGUGGCACACUGGGGACAGCAGCAUCUGUUAAGAUCUAACACCAACCUGGAAAGCAGCAUUGCUCCAACACCUAGCAUGAUAGGAGGGAAAGCGCUGAAAAAAGAAGAGAAACCACCAGAAGAUUUAUUUCCAAUAAGAAAGUUGAGAAAUUUUUAUCCAGGUGUUGCAGAACACAAGGAUAUUUCCAAAUUAGUUGUGCUUCUGUCCUCAUCAGUAAAUUCAGUUCGGUCAGCUGCUAGUGAAGCACUGCAAGACUUUCAAAAAUAUAAAGCUCUGUGGACUGAAGAUAGGGAUGCGAAAGUUCAGCAAUUUUUGGCCAGUAAUCCCUCUUUGACUGAGAUUAGGUCAGAAAUUCUCCAUUAUGCUACCUUUGAACAAGAAAUAGAAGAUUUAAAACCAACAGUUUCUGUUGGGCCCAUUGAGCUGAAUACAGAACCAAUGAAAUUGGCACUCUCUAUUGAAGCAAAAGCAUGGAAAAUGUUACUCUGCCGCUAUUUAAAUGAGGAAUACAAGAAGAAAAUGCAAGACAUGAUAACAUUUAUAACAGAAUAUUUGAAAAAAUUGUCUCGACCAAUUCGAGAUUUAGAUGAUGUCAGAUUUGCUAUGGAAGCUCUGUCUCACAUACGUGACAAGGAAAUAGAAAUGGAUAUGACUAUGGGGCCCAUUGAAGAAGCCUAUACAAUUUUAAAUAGAUUUGAAGUUGAAGUCACAAAGGAGGAAUCAGAAGGUGUUGAUACAUUACGGUACUCUUUUAACAAGCUACAGAGUAAAGCAUCCAGUGUUCAAGACGAGCUAAUUCAAGUUCAGCCCAAGUUUAAAGCUCAGCUGCUAGAGGCUGUUGAGGUUUUCCGUGAGGACGUGUCAAGCUACGAAGCAGCAUAUGAGAUGGAAGGACCUAUGGUUCCAAAUACACCACCUCAAGAGGCUAGCAAUAGAUUACAGAUAUUCCAGGCCAAUUUUGAUGAGCUCUGGAGGAAAUUUGUUACUUAUUCAUCUGGUGAGCAGCUAUUUGGAUUGCCUGUCACGGACUAUGAAGUUUUACAUAAAAUCAGGAAGGAGCUAAGUUUGCUUCAAAAACUGUAUGGCUUGUAUGAUACCGUGAUGAACAACAUAAGUGGAUAUUAUGAAAUUCUCUGGGGUGAUGUAGAUAUUGAAAAAAUUAAUGCUGAACUUCUGGAGUUUCAAAACAGGUGCCGCAAACUACCCAAAGGGCUUAAAGACUGGCAAGCCUUUUUAGACCUGAAAAAAAGAAUAGAUGAUUUCAGUGAGUCUUGCCCACUGUUAGAAAUGAUGACCAAUAAAGCAAUGAAACUGAGACACUGGAACCGCAUUUCUGAAACAACUGGGCAUCCAUUUGAUGUGGAAUCUGAUUCCUUUUGCCUUCGGAAUAUCAUGGAAGCACCACUUCUCAAGCACAAGGAUGAUAUUGAGGACAUUUGCAUAUCUGCUAUUAAAGAGAAGGAUAUUGAAGCUAAGCUGGCUCAGGUAGUUGAAAGCUGGGCAAAUCAGGUGUUGAGUUUUGGCGCAUUCAAGGGAAGAGGAGAGCUACUGCUCAAGGGAACAGAAUCUUCAGAAAUUAUUACGCUGAUGGAGGACAGCUUAAUGGUUCUGGGCUCUUUACUGAGUAACAGAUAUAAUGCACCAUUUAAAAAAGAUAUUCAGAACUGGGUGUUCAAACUUAGCACUUCCAGUGAUAUAAUUGAAGAAUGGUUGAUUGUCCAAAACCUCUGGGUUUACCUUGAAGCUGUUUUUGUAGGUGGAGAUAUUGCCAAGCAGUUACCUCAGGAAGCAAAACGUUUUCAAAAUAUUGAUAAAUCAUGGAUAAAAAUAAUGCAGCGAGCCCAUGAAAAUCCUAACGUAGUUAAUUGCUGUGUUGGAGAUGAGACUAUGGGACAACUUUUACCACAUUUACAUGAGCAGUUGGAAGUGUGCCAAAAGUCACUUACUGGGUAUUUGGAAAAGAAAAGAUUGCUCUUUCCCAGAUUCUUUUUUAUCUCUGACCCAGCUCUUCUGGAAAUACUUGGACAAGCAAGUGAUUCACAUACUAUUCAGCCACAUUUGCCUGGUUUAUCUGACAAUAUAAAUGAAGUUGAAUUUCAUCCAAAGGAUUAUGAUCGCAUCAUGGCAGUCGUUUCAAGAGAAGGAGAAAAAAUUCCUUUGGACACCCCAGUAAAUGCGAAAGGACCUGUAGAGCUCUGGCUGAUGGAUCUAUUGAAAAUGCAACAGUCUUCAUUACAUUGUGUAAUUCGGGCAGCAUUUUAUCAGAUUAGUGAUCCGGGCUACCAGCUGCUGAAUUUCCUCUAUCAUUUUCCAGCACAGGUAGGGUUGCUGGGAAUUCAAAUGCUGUGGACACAUGAUUCAGAAGAAGCAUUAACCAAUGCAAAAGAUGAUAGGAAAAUUAUGUCAGUAACCAAUCAGAAAUUUCUGGAUAUUCUAAAUACACUUAUUGGCCAGACUACCCAUGAUCUUACCAAGUUUGACAGAGUGAAGUUUGAAACCCUCAUUACCAUUCAUGUGCAUCAGCGUGAUAUAUUCGAUGACUUGGUUAAAAUGCAUAUCAAAUCAGUGACUGAUUUUGAAUGGUUAAAGCAGUCCAGAUUUUAUUUUAAGGAAGAUUUUGAUCAGACAUUGGUAUCUAUUACUGAUGUUGAUUUUAUUUAUCAAAACGAAUUCUUGGGAUGCACAGAUCGCCUGGUUAUAACCCCUUUAACAGACAGGUGCUAUAUUACUUUAGCUCAAGCUUUGGGAAUGAACAUGGGAGGAGCUCCAGCAGGACCUGCUGGUACUGGUAAAACAGAAACCACAAAAGACAUGGGGAAAGCACUGGGAAAAUAUGUAGUGGUAUUUAACUGUUCAGAUCAAAUGGAUUUCAGAGGACUGGGACGAAUUUUUAAAGGUCUUGCACAGUCUGGCUCCUGGGGAUGCUUUGAUGAAUUUAACAGAAUUGAAUUACCGGUGUUGUCAGUAGCAGCUCAACAAAUUUAUAUCAUUUUGACAGCAAGAAAAGAAAGGAAAAAGCAGUUCAUAUUUUCUGAUGGAGAUAUUGUAGAUUUAAACCCUGAGUUUGGAAUUUUUUUGACAAUGAAUCCUGGGUAUGCUGGACGCCAGGAACUUCCAGAAAACCUGAAAAUUCAAUUUAGAACCGUUGCGAUGAUGGUUCCAGAUAGACAGAUCAUCAUGAGAGUGAAACUUGCAAGCUGUGGCUUUAUUGAAAAUGUCAUAUUGGCUCAGAAAUUUUUUGUCCUCUAUAAACUUUGUGAAGAGCAGCUUACUAAGCAGGUUCAUUAUGACUUUGGCUUGAGAAAUAUCCUUUCAGUGUUGAGGACUCUUGGUUCUCAGAAGAGAGCAAGGCCAGAUGACAGUGAAAUGAGUACUGUUAUGAGAGGGCUAAGAGACAUGAAUCUCUCUAAACUUGUAGAUGAGGAUGAGCCUCUGUUUCUUAGUCUUAUCAAUGACCUCUUUCCAGGGUUGGUGCUGGACAGCAAUACAUAUGUUGAUCUUCAGGCAGCAGUCUCAAAUCAGGUUGAAGAGGCAGGACUGAUUAAUCACCCACCUUGGAAUCUCAAGCUGGUACAGUUGUAUGAAACAUCCAAAGUACGCCAUGGGUUGAUGACACUUGGACCAAGCGGAUCUGGAAAAACAAUGGUCAUAACUAUGUUGAUGCGGGCGAUGACUGAAUGCGGAUAUCCUCACAGAGAAAUGCGUAUGAACCCAAAAGCCAUUACUGCUCCUCAGAUGUUCGGGAAACUCGACACCGCAACGAAUGACUGGACAGAUGGAAUCUUUUCCACACUGUGGAGAAAAACCCUUAAAGCUAAGAAAGGUGAGAAUAUUUUUCUGGUUCUAGACGGCCCUGUCGAUGCAAUUUGGAUUGAGAAUCUGAAUUCAGUGCUAGAUGAUAAUAAGACUCUCACCUUAGCCAAUGGUGAUCGGAUUCCGAUGUCUCCUACUUGCAAAUUGCUCUUCGAAGUGCACAACAUUGAAAAUGCUUCUCCUGCUACAGUUUCUAGAAUGGGCAUGGUGUAUAUCAGUUCUUCUGCCCUCACCUGGAGGCCCAUAUUGCAGGGUUGGCUAAAGACUCGCACUCCACAAGAAGCUGACGUGCUGCUAAGCUUAUAUGAUAAAGUGUUUGAAGCAGCAUAUACAUACAUGAAAUUAAAUCUUUCUCCGAAAAUGGAACUUUUGGAAUGUAAUUAUAUCAUGCAGUCCAUUAAUCUUUUGGAAGGUUUGAUACCCUCAAAGGAAGAAGGUGGUAUUGUAUGUCUGGGACAUCUUCAUAAAUUAUUCGUCUUUGGCCUGAUGUGGAGUUUAGGUUCCCUCCUAGAGCUGGACAGCAGGGAUAAGUUGGAAGCCUUUUUAAGAAGCCAUGAAAGCAAAAUAGAUUUGCCAGUAAUCCCUAAAGGUGAAUCACAGACAAUGUACGAGUUCUAUGUCAGUGACUGUGGUGACUGGGAUCACUGGAAUAAAAAAGUUCAAGAAUAUAUUUAUCCAACAGACAGCGUUCCUGAAUAUGCAUCUAUACUGGUUCCAAAUGUUGACAAUGUCAGAACACAGUUUUUGAUGGACACCAUAUCAAAGCAACACAAAGCAGUGUUGCUUAUUGGUGAACAAGGAACAGCAAAGACCGUAAUGAUCAAAGGCUAUUUAAAAAAAUAUGAUCCUGAAGAACAAUUAUCAAAAUCUUUAAACUUUUCUUCAGCAACGGAACCUGGAAUGUUUCAGAGGACAAUAGAAAGUUAUGUGGACAAACGAAUGGGCAGUACCUAUGGACCUCCAGGGGGCAGGAGAAUGACCAUAUUCAUUGAUGAUAUUAACAUGCCGAUUAUUAAUGAAUGGGGAGAUCAGGUGACAAAUGAAAUAGUGCGGCAGAUGAUGGAAAUGGAAGGAAUGUACAGCUUGGAUAAACCUGGAGACUUUACCACAAUUGUUGAUGUGCAGUUAAUAGCAGCAAUGAUUCACCCAGGAGGAGGUCGAAAUGAUAUCCCACAGCGCUUAAAAAGGCAGUUUACUGUGUUUAACUGCACCCUGCCAUCCAACGUAUCCAUAGAUAAAAUAUUUGGAAUAAUUGGCUGUGGGUACUUUCAUCCAUGUAGAAAUUUCAAGCCGGAAAUAUGUGAAAUGAUAAUGAAAUUAGUAUCAGCAGGAAGAAUAUUGUGGCAAUGGACUAAGGUGAAAAUGUUGCCCACACCAUCCAAAUUCCAUUAUAUCUUCAAUCUGAGGGACCUUUCGAGAAUUUGGCAAGGAAUGCUAAUUAUGAAAUCAGAGGAAUGUACUGAUGUCAGUACCCUUCUGGCGCUCUUUAAACAUGAAUGCACUAGAGUAAUUGCAGACAGAUUUGUCUGUGAAGAUGAUGAAGUUUGGUUUGACAGAAGUUUUACUAGAGUAGUUGACGAACAUGUGGAUUCACAAUUAGUAUCACAAAUCAACUCUGAACCAUAUUUUGUAGAUUUUUUGCGGGAUAUGCCUGAACCAACUGGUGAAGAACCUGAAGAUUUUGUGUUUGAGGCACCAAAAGUUUAUGAACUGAUUCCAAGUUUGGAUUUUUUGUCCGAAAAAUUGCAGUUUUACCAGAAACAAUAUAAUGAAGCUGUUAGAGGUGGAUUCCUUGAUUUGGUGUUUUUCAAAGAUGCUAUAACACAUCUUGUUAAGAUUUCACGAAUAAUUCGGACUGCCUGUGGGAAUGCUUUACUUGUAGGAGUUGGUGGUUCUGGAAAGCAGAGUCUUUCAAGGCUGGCCUCCUUUAUAGCAGGAUACAAAAUAUUUCAGAUUACUUUAACUAGAUCAUACAAUGUGGUCAAUCUAACGGACGAUCUAAAGCUUUUAUAUAGAGUUGCUGGUGCUGAAGGAAAAGGAAUCACAUUUAUUUUCACAGAUAAUGAAAUAAAAGACGAGUCAUUUCUGGAAUACCUUAAUAAUCUGCUUUCUUCUGGAGAGAUUUCCAAUUUAUUUCCACGAGAUGAAUUGGAUGAAAUAACUCAAGGAUUGAUAUCUGUAAUGAAAAAAGAGUUACCAAGAGUCCCUCCUACUUUUGAUAAUCUUUAUGAAUAUUUUAUAUCACGGUCAAAGAAAAAUCUUCACGUUGUUCUCUGCUUUUCUCCAGUUGGUGAGAAGUUUCGUGCACGUUCUUUGAAAUUUCCUGGUCUUAUAUCUGGCUGCACCAUGGACUGGUUCACUCGCUGGCCCAAGGAAGCUCUUGUUGCUGUGUCACAUUAUUUCCUGUCAGAAUUUAACAUUGUCUGUUCUGCUGAAGUGAAAGCACAAGUGGUAGAAACCAUGGGCAUUUUUCAUGACCUAGUUUCAGAAAGCUGUGAGAAUUAUUUCCAAAGAUACCGACGAAGAGCUCAUGUGACCCCCAAGUCUUAUCUCUCUUUCAUUAAUGGCUACAAAGAUGUUUAUGCUGAUAAGCUGUCCAACAUUAAUGAACAAGCUGAGCGCAUGCACAUCGGGCUUUCUAAGCUGAUGGAGGCUAGUGAAUCAGUUGCUAAACUCUCUCAGGACUUGGCAGUGAAAGAGAAGGAAUUGGCUUUGGCUUCUGUAAAAGCCGACAAAGUGCUGGCAGAAGUGACAGUAAGUGCUGAGGCUUCAGCUAAAGUGAAAAAUGAAGUUCAAGGUGUAAAAGACAAAGCACAAAAAAUUGUAGAUGAAAUUGAUUCAGAGAAAGUGGUAGCCGAGGCAAAGCUGGAGGCAGCUAGACCAGCGUUAGAAGAAGCUGAAGCUGCUUUGAACACUAUCAAACCAGCAGAUAUUUCGACAGUUCGAAAACUUGCAAAGCCCCCCCAUCUGAUCAUGAGGAUCAUGGAUUGUUGUCUUUUGCUAUUCCAAAAGAAAAUAGACCCAGUUACUAUGGAUCCAGAAAGACCUUGUUUGAAGCCAUCCUGGAGCGAGUCCUUGAAACUAAUGAGUGGGCCAUUUCUGCAGAGUCUCCAGCAGUUUGCUAAAGAUACAAUCAAUGAAGAGAUGGUAGAAUUACUACAGCCUUAUUUUCAAAUGGAAGAUUAUACAUUUGAGAAUGGAAAAAAAGUCUGUGGUAAUGUGGCAGGGCUCCUUUCUUGGACACAGGCCAUGGCAACGUUUUAUAGCAUAAACAGAGAUGUAUUACCUCUUAAGGCUAACUUGGCAAAACAAGAAGGACGUUUGAAAGUAGCAAAUGCAGAAUUAGGGAUGGCUCAGCAAUUGCUAGAUGAGAAGCAAGCAGAACUGGAUAAAGUGCAAGCAAAGUUUGAUGCAGCUAUGAAAGAGAAGAUGGACCUCUUGAAUGAUGCAGAUAUGUGUAGGAGAAAGAUGCAGGCAGCCUCUGCACUUAUAGACGGCUUGAGCGGAGAGAAAAUUAGAUGGACCCAGCAAAGUAAAGAGUUCCGAGCCCAGAUAAACAGACUUGUGGGAGAUGUUUUACUCUGCACAGGCUUCCUUUCAUAUUGUGGCCCUUUUAAUCAGAUAUUCAGGAAUCUUUUGCUUAAAGAUUUAUGGGAGACAGAGAUGAGACUGCGAAAGAUCCCUUUUACUGAAAACUUGAAUCUCAUUUCAAUGUUGGUGGAUCCUCCUACGAUUAGCGAAUGGAACUUACAAGGGCUUCCAGGAGAUGAACUCUCAGUUCAAAAUGGCAUCAUUGUUACUAAGGCAACAAGAUAUCCACUUUUGAUAGAUCCACAAACUCAAGGGAAAACAUGGAUUAAACAGAAAGAAAAGGACAAUGAAUUACAAGUGACAACUCUGAAUCAUAAAUAUUUCCGCACACACCUAGAGGAUGCUCUCUCUCUGGGAAGACCACUUUUAAUUGAGGAUAUAAGUGAAGAAUUAGAUCCUGCCCUUGAUAAUAUAUUAGAAAAGAACUUCAUUAAAUCUGGAACGUCUUUCAAGGUGAAAGUUGGGGAUAAGGAAGUAGAUGUCAUGAAUACAUUUAAACUUUAUAUUACUACAAAAUUGCCCAAUCCUGCCUUCACUCCUGAGAUUAAUGCUAAAACAUCAGUAAUUGAUUUUACUGUUACAAUGAAAGGACUUGAAAAUCAGUUAUUGAAGAGAGUAAUUCUUACAGAGAAACAGGAACUGGAAGCAGAGAGAAUUAAACUCAUGGAAGAUGUAACUUAUAAUAAACGGAAAAUGAAAGAAUUAGAAGACAAUCUCCUAUAUAAAUUAACUGCAACUAAAGGCUCUUUGGUGGAUGAUGAAUCAUUGAUUGGUGUUUUGAGGACCACAAAACAAACUGCUAUGGAAGUAUCUGAAAAACUGGAAGUUGCAGGAGAAACUGAGAAAAAAAUUAACACUGCACAAGAGGAAUAUCGUCCAGCUGCUACACGAGGAAGCAUUCUUUAUUUUCUUAUCACAGAAAUGAGCAUGGUCAAUAACAUGUACCAAACUUCACUAGCUCAGUUCUUAAAACUGUUUGAUCUAUCCAUGGCUAAAUCUGAUAAGUCUCCAAUCCCACAGAAAAGGAUCUCAAAUAUUAUUGAGUUUUUGACAUAUGAAACUUUCACAUAUUCUGUUAGAGGAUUAUAUGAAAACCACAAAUUUCUCUUCACACUGCUUCUGACAUUAAAAAUUGAUCUCCAGAGGGGUCAAGUCAAGCCGAAAGAAUUCCAGGCACUCAUUAAAGGGGGUGCAGCACUGGAUCUAAAAGCUUGUCCUCCCAAACCAUUCCGAUGGAUUCUUGAUAUGACAUGGUUGAAUCUAGUGGAACUGAGCAAACUACCACAGUUUUCAGAAAUUAUGAACCAGGUCUGUCGUAAUGAGAAGGGGUGGAAAAAUUGGUUUGAUAAAGAUGCUCCAGAGGAAGAAGUUAUUCCUGAUGGAUACAGUGACUCUCUAGAUACCUGUCGCAAACUUUUGCUGAUCAGGUCUUGGUGUCCAGAUCGCACACUUUCUCAAGCCAGAAAGUACAUUGCAGAUUCAUUGAAUGAGAAGUACACAGAGCCAGUCAUUUUAAACUUAGAAAAAACUUGGGAAGAAAGUGAUAGACGAACACCUCUCAUCUGUUUCUUAUCUAUGGGAUCUGACCCGACAAUCCAGAUUGAUGCAUUGGCCAGGAAACUUAAACUGGAAAACAGAGCGAUUUCUAUGGGUCAGGGACAAGAAGUUCAUGCACGUAAACUAAUUCAGAUGUCAAUGGCACAGGGUGGCUGGGUGUUACUUCAGAACUGCCAUCUGGGUCUAGACUUCAUGGAAGAACUUUUGGAAACGAUGCUUACUGCUGAUAUUCCUGAUGAGACCUUCCGAGUUUGGAUAACCACCGAACCACAUGAUAAGUUUCCAAUUACUUUGCUGCAGUCUUCAAUCAAAUUCACUAAUGAACCACCACAAGGUGUCCGGGCAGGUUUGAAGAGAACAUUUUCUGGAAUAAAUCAAGACUUGCUUGAUGUCAGCAAUAUGCCUAUGUGGAAACCUCUUCUUUAUACAGUAGCUUUCCUGCACUCCACCGUUCAGGAAAGACGCAAAUUUGGUCCUUUGGGCUGGAACAUUCCCUAUGAAUUCAACUCAGCAGACUUCACAGCCAGUGUUCAGUUUAUACAGAAUCAUUUGGAUGAAUGUGAUAUUAAGAAAGGAAUAUCUUGGAGCACAGUCCGAUACAUGAUUGGCGAAGUACAGUAUGGAGGCAGGGUCACUGAUGAUUAUGAUAAGCGUCUUCUUAAUUGCUUUGCAAGGGUCUGGUUCAGUGAGAAGAUGUUUGAAAACACUUUCUGUUUUUACAUUGGAUAUAAGAUCCCCGUGUGCAAAACAAUGGAUCAGUACCAUGAGUACAUUUCAUCUCUCCCUACCAUGGAUAGCCCAGAAGUCUUUGGUCUUCAUCCUAAUGCAGAUAUUACGUAUCAAAGUAACACAGCAGCAGAUGUCCUGAAUACCAUUACCAAUAUUCAACCAAAGGAAAGUGGAGGUGGAGUAGGAGAAACUCGAGAAGCCAUUGUGUAUCGAUUAGCUGAAGAUAUGCUUGAGAAACUGCCUCCUGAUUAUAUACCCCAUGAGGUGAAAGCUCGCUUAGUUAAAAUGGGCCAUCUUAAUUCUAUGAAUAUUUUCCUUCGACAAGAAAUUGACCGGAUGCAAAAGGUUAUCAAAAUAGUACGAAAUAGUCUCAGUGAUCUUAAGCUUGCCAUAGAAGGAACUAUUAUUAUGAGUGAGAAUUUAAGAGAUGCGCUUGAUAACAUGUAUGAUGCUCGAAUUCCUCAAUUUUGGAAACGUGUAUCUUGGGAUUCUUCCACCCUUGGAUUCUGGUUUACUGAACUUCUAGAGAGAAAUAACCAGUUUCGCACCUGGAUAUUUGAAGGAAGGCCACAUGUAUUUUGGAUGACUGGAUUCUUUAAUCCCCAGGGGUUCCUAACAGCUAUGAGGCAAGAAGUGACUCGAGCACACAAAGGUUGGGCUUUGGAUACAGUAACUAUACAUAAUGAAGUGCUGAAACAAAUUAGAGAAGAAAUCACAGCAGCACCUCCUGAAGGGGUAUAUAUUUAUGGAUUAUACUUGGAUGGAGCUGGAUGGGAUAGGCGUAAUAAUAAACUCACUGAAUCUACAGCGAAGAUUCUUUUCACAGUACUCCCUGUUGUGCAUAUAUUUGCGAUUAAUACAACUGGCCCAAGAGAUCCUAAACUCUAUGUUUGUCCCAUUUACAAGAAGCCAAGGAGAACCGAUUUGACCUACAUUACUGCAAUCUACCUAAGGACAACUGUAUCCCCAGAUCACUGGAUACUUAGAGGAGUGGCCCUCCUGUGUGAUGUCAAAUAA